GGCGACGUCGGUGAAAAUUUUUAUAAGCUGUGCAAAAUGGAUGCACAGCAACUCAACAGCCUUAUAACAGCAUUGUCAUCGAUGGCUACAGCCAUGCAACAACAACAACCAACGGCAGGAGCAACCAACUUUAUAGAUACCAUAAUGGGGAAUGCACCAGUAAAAGAAGUAGCGCAGGCAGCCGCAAAUAGUGUCACUGGCGCUUCACAACCCGCGGAAAAACCCAAGUGCAAAGCAUGUUGUGCCUGUCCAGAAACCAAGAAAGCCCGUGACGCAUGCAUUGUAGAGCGUGGCGAGGAAAACUGCACAGGUUUGAUAGAGGCGCAUAAGCAAUGCAUGCGAGCGCAAGGCUUUAACAUAUAAACAAACUACUAUCGACAUGUAUUGACUAAUACAGUUGCGAAUGCUACUUAAGUUAAACUUAUAAAUAGUUUUGUCUCUGGAAGUUGGGAGCUCUUUUAUGCAGGCCUAGGCAUGCCAUCAACGAAUGCAUACGCUUAUAUCUUGUAAAUUAUAAUCUAUUUGUUACUUGUUAUUAUGUAAUCAGCCAAUGAAUGCAAUUAAUGUGUGAGAAUCGCAUUAUGAAUAGAAAUGAAAUUAAAACUUGUUUAAAACAAAUCA